AUGACUGUGGGGCAUCAGCUGAUCAGCGAGGGCCGUUGGAUGCAACCAGAGGUUGACCUGCUUCAGGCCUUUCUCCCACUCGGCGGGGUGGCAGUGGACGCCGGUGCGGGCAACAGCUACCGACCGGCCAUCAUGGGCCAAAUUACUUACUUUCACAACACCCCGGUGUGGGGGGUACCACUUCGACUCCCGCUCAACUGGCCGCCAUGGGUGGGACGAGUGGACUCGCGGCGGCUCUUGACUCCGGCCAUGGAGUGGUUUGGCCCAGCACCCCUUUUCGCAGAGCCCAAGCGACGGGAGGGCCCACGCCUGAGCCGCAAAUCUGCGGAAGAGUUGGAGAUCGAAGAAGCUCGCAAUCGACAGAAAGAGCUGCAAGAGAUCAUUGUGACGGCUGAGAAUGUAGAGACCAUCCUGUCCACCGUUCGUGAACUUGAGGGUGCCAUUGUCAUCUCCACCGCUUUGCAUCGACUUGGCAAAGUCAAGGUGUCAGCACAUGUCUUCCGGGAUCCACGGUUUCAUCUCCUCUUGGAGCGCUUUAAGUCGCGGCUGCCCUUCUUUGGCUCUCGGCAGAUUGCGAACUCCCUGCAUGGACUGGGAGCGAUCAGCUAUCGUGGAGGAGGCGCAUGGGUGGAGAUGGUCUCCAUCCAGACCCAGCGGCGGAUCCAUGAGUUUGAGCCACAGCACGUCUCAAACACUCUUUGGGCCUGUGCGCGCAUGCAGCUACAAGAGCCGCUGAUGCUUCGUGCCUUGACCUGCCGGGCGAUCGAGGACAUCGACCGCUUUUGCCCCUUGGACAUCUCCAUUUGCACCUGGGCCUUCGCCACGCUGAAGCACCGCGAAGCGGAAUGGCUCCGCGCCGUGGUCCGCGCCCGGUGCGAGUUCGCGGACUUCUCGCCCCAGAACAUGUCCAACUUCGUGUGGGGCCUGAGCACCUUGGGCUUCCGCCAUGACAACAUGGUUCUGGCGGUCGGUCGGGAGGCGGCGCGUAAAAUCCGUGAUUUCAUCCCUCAGGAGCUCUCGAACUUCUCUUGGGCCUUGGCCACGAUGGAUCUUUGCGACAACUUGAUUCUUCGUGCCAUUGCUGAAGAGGUGGACCGCCGUGGUGAUGAGGUCAACAGUUGGGAUCCUCAAAGCUUGUCCAACAUGAUGUGGGCCUAUGCCACCUUGGCACUGAAGGAUGACCCGCUCUUUCAGCGUUUAUUGGAUGCCUCCAUCGCACGCAUCGAGGACCACGACACCCAAAACUUGGCGAAUACGUCCUGGGCUGCGGCCAUGGUGGGCUUCCGUUACUCCCGCUGGUUGGACGCGUGCGCGCGGAAGGCAGUGGAGAAGAUUCAGGAGUGUCAAACGUUACACCUCGCUCAGUUGGCAUUCGCCUUUGCACGCUUCGUCGCCAAGGGUGACCAGCACCAGUUUCUGCCCACCCUUCUGAAGGAGACACUCCGAAGAUUAGAAGAGUUUCCUCCUCAAUCUUUGUUCGACGUCCACGAUGCCUUGGUCUUCUUCCAGGCGUUCCCCGCGCCUCCCUCCGGCGAGUGCCUCCGCAUGGAGCGACGGCUCUCGGAGCACUUUGAAGACACAGCACGGACGCUCGAGACGUUUGCCCGGCGGAGUGCAGAGCGCGGUGGACGGCCCAGCAUGGAAGAGGUCACCAAGUACCAGCGGAGUGUGGAGCAGGCAGACAUCGUGACCCUGGGGGAGCACUGGACCUUGGCAUUCUUGAAGCGCUUCGGCCUGCUGUGCAGCAGUGAGGACCGCUUCAUUCACAGCGCCCGUCGCCGGAUCCUGGACUUCCGCGACGAGGCGUCGGUGACCGACCCUGUGAGCCGAUCCAUCUUUCACCGCGCGCAGUGCGUGUGGCAGCUGGGGAUCCAAGGAGACGGUCCGGUCCGACGGUCAAGGGAGACACGGCGGAGACGGUCCGGUGGUUGCUGGUUUAAGAUCUGUUGGUCAGAACAACGGCGGGGAAGAAGAUGGGAGGAUUAUGAAUCGGUAUAAGGUCAAGUGGCCGAAUGAGCCUAUACUUGUCAUUCUUAAGCGGUUGUCACCGCUUUGUUUUGCUAGAGUCGUGUCCAAAUGUUCAGAUGCCCCAUCCAGGGGACACGGAUGGAGCAUUGGCGGAUGGUUUAUUUGAGAGUGGCGAGCCAGUCGCGGGUGCCCCUGCGGGGCACGGCUUGUACGUGUGCCGCUUACGCCAUACCCGAGAAGGGGAUGCAGAGAUUCAAGCACUGUGCGCAGCCUUGGAUACUUCAGUCAUGCGGAGUGGUCGAGUUCCAGAGGGUUUGAAGCUGAAUUUGCACUUAUCCGAUGUGCCUUGCGUUUCUUGCCUCGGUUGCACCUUGCAGUUUCAGUGUCGCUUCCCAGGUGUGUUGCAGAUCUCUUUCGAUCGUGGGCGGGUGCAGUCAGAGGACUCAAGGCCCAUUCCGCGCCCUCCGCCACCACCCUCCAAGCGCGGCAACCCGGUGCCCUAUGCACCACUGCCGACCACCCCGCCACACGAUGGCGUGGAUCGCAGCAUGGUACGAAAGGAACGGCCGAAGGACGAGGAUCGCACCUCCUUCUACUUGAACCCCUUAGCACCUCGAAGACCCGAUGGUGCGAGCAAGGGAGGAGAGGAAGCAGUGCCUCACAAGCUGGUGCAUGGCCGAAAUGGGAGCCAGCAGACCUAUUAUUUCUCCUCAGCCCCAAGCUUUUAUGGAUCUGAUGACUACGAGGCGUGCUGACCAAAAA